UCAGGCAUGUUACAUGUACAAAUACCAAAACUCUAUGGCAUGUCGCGUAAUAAAUAUCACUCAUAUUCUUCAGAACUCUUUUAGUUACAGAGAGAUGACGUCACAUCUCAGAUUGACGUGAACCCACACCGUUAACUAUUAACGGAAAACCACCGUGAUUCACUCUCUCCUACGUGCCAAAGACUCGUCUGCUUCAAAACACUGUCGUUUUUGGCAACUUCCGAUUCCCACUGAAAUAAAAGAGCUUCCGGCGAUUCGAACAAUAUGGGCUGCGUUCUCUGCAAGAACUCCGCCGGAGCCAAAGAUGAACCUCCUCCUGGAAACCUCCGCCGUGAUACUAAGACGGAUCAUUUGCCUUCUUCUGUAUCUGUACCGGAGGUAGUCGACAUCGGAGAAAGAAAGAAGAAUCAGAUUCAGACGGCAAGAACGUGGCACACCGGCGACUUCUCCGCCGGCUCUUCUCGCCGUACGUUACGGAUGAGUCUCUCUGCGCCGGAAGGAUGGCCACCGUGGCUGGUUGCUGCUUGCGGCGAAUCCAUCAAAGACUUCACUCCUCGACGAGCCACCACAUACGAGAAGCUCGACAAGAUAGGGCAAGGAACUUACAGCAAUGUGUACAAAGCUAAGGAUCUAUUAACUGGAGAGAUUGUAGCAUUGAAGAAGGUUAGGUUUGAUAAUUUGGAAGCAGAGAGUGUAAAGUUCAUGGCCAGAGAGAUUCUUAUGCUGCAACGCCUAGAUCAUCCUAACGUUAUUAAGCUUCAAGGCUUAGUUGCUUCCAGGGUUUCUUGUAGUCUCUACCUUGUUUUUGAGUAUAUGGACCAUGAUCUCACUGGUCUUGCUGCUACUCAAGGUUCCAAGUUUGAUAUUUCUCAGGUGAAGUGUUUUAUGAAGCAGCUACUAUCUGGGCUAGAGCAUUGUCAUAGUAGAGGAGUGUUACAUCGAGACAUCAAAGGCUCUAAUUUGCUGAUAGAUAACAAUGGAAUACUGAAGAUUGCUGAUUUCGGGUUGGCUACGUUUUAUGACCCAAAGCAAAAAAAGCAAACGAUGACUAGUCGUGUUGUCACGCUCUGGUACCGUCCUCCAGAGCUUCUUCUUGGAGCUACGAACUAUGGAACCGGUGUUGAUCUCUGGAGUGCUGGUUGUAUCAUGGCAGAGUUACUUGCUGGCAAACCCGUUAUGCCAGGAAGAACCGAGGUAGAACAACUUCAUAAGAUAUUUAAGUUAUGUGGCUCCCCAUCAGAUUUGUACUGGAAGAAGUACAAAUUACCCAACGCUACCCUUUUUAAGCCGCAGCAUCCGUACAAACGUUGUGUGUCUGAAGCAUUUAGCGGCUUCGCUCCAUCAACUGUGCAUCUAGUGGAGACACUUCUCGCUAUAGAUCCUGAUGAUCGUGGAACUUCUACAUCAGCUUUAAAUAGUGAAUUCUUUACGAGUGAACCAUUAGCGUGUGAUCCAUCAAGUCUACCAAAAUAUCCACCUUCCAAGGAACUGAAUAUAAAGCUAAGGGACGAAGAGGCAAGAAGGCAAAAGAGUCUUGCGAGAAAAGCUAAUGGUGUUGAAGGAGCUAGAAGAGUAAGGUUUCGUGGGGAUCGCACAGGGCGAGCUUUUCCAGCUCCAGAAGCUAAUUCCGAGAAUCAAGCCAACUUAGAUAGAUGCAGAAUGUUGCCACAAACAAAUGGGAAGAGCAAGAGCGAGAAGUUCCCUCCUCCUCACCAGGAUGGUGCAGUUGGGCACCACCCAGUGGAAGAAGAUCAUCAUCAAUCAAAGAAAAACUCAGUAUUUAGUGCAAAGCAUGAGGCUUCUUUCGGGUCAUCGAGAUCACUGAAGGUUGGGGAAGGGACAUCAAUGAGAAAGAUUUCAAACAAAGACGGAUCUUCUUCUUCUAGAAAGUACAUAUGGGGGCUUAAACCUCCUCCAGCGCUUGGGCUCUCUAUGGACUUGCUUUUCAGGAGCAGAUCAGAGGUGUUUGGGGUCCGGAGAUAGGAUUAGAUGAAAGGGGGAAAUGAGUUGGACAGUUUUAUUAGUGCAUCAAUAAUAAAGUAUUGGUUGAAGUUCAAGUUCAUAUUCUUUGUAGCAGAAUUGAAAGAGCGAGAGAGUGCACAAAUGAAAUGUAGUUUGACUCUGGUGUAAAAAAAAAACACAGUUCAGGUAGUCUUAGAAUCCUACUUUAUAAAUUGUAUAGUUGUUGAAAUAUGUUUUUGAGGCUUCCAAGAUUAAAAUGUU